AUGCUCCGCCAGGCCGCGUUGCUCCUCCUGCACUGCUUUGCCUCCUUGACGCUGGGCCAGUAUGACCUGUGCAAGUCCCUGGUGAGCACGGACGAUGGCGCAGUGUGGGAGCAGUAUGCAUGCCAGCCCAAGGCCCAGUCCAUGAAGGACUACAUGCGGGUGAAGGUGGACCCGCCGGGCAUCACCUGCGGCAACCCGCCCGAGAGAUUCUGCACUCUGGAGAACCCGUACCUGUGCAGUGACGAGUGUGACGCCUCCAACCCGGACCUGGCCCACCCUCCUCAGCUGAUGCAGGACCGCGAGCACACCGGCCGCAUCACCUACUGGCAGACAGUCACAUGGGCCCGUUAUCCAGAACCCCUCUUGGCCAACAUCUCCCUAGCCUGGAACAAGAGCCUGGAGCUGACGGACGACAUCGCCAUUACCUUUGAGUAUGGCCGCCCCACAAUAAUGGUGCUGGACAAGUCCAUGGACCACGGCCGCACCUGGCAGCCCUACCAGUUCUACGCUGACGAUUGUCUCGAGUCCUUUAACAUGGCACCAAAGCGUGUCCCCGACCUAUCGCCUGCAAAUAUUACCCUUGUCAUCUGCACUGAGCAGUUCUCACGCUGGGUGGGAUCGAAGAAUGAUAAGAACGUAAAGUUCGAGGUUCGGGAGCGUUUCGCAGUGUUUGCCGGGCCGAGGUUGCUCAACAUGGACAGCUUGUACACCCGUAUGGAGAGCAUGAAGGGCCUGAGGGAAUUCUUUACCUUCACUAACCUCAGGCUGAGGCUGCUCAGGCCGGCCCUGGGGGGAACCUACAUGCAGAGGGACAACCUGCUCAAGUACUUUUACGCUAUCUCCAACAUCGAGGUGCCCGCAAGGUGUAAGUGUAACCUGCAUUCGUCGCUGUGCCUGCUGCAAGAGGGGAACCUCCAGUGUCAGUGUGAACACAACACCACGGGACAGGACUGUCAGCGCUGCAAGAAGGGCUUCAAGGCCAAGUCCUGGAAAGCUGGCUCCUACCUGCCCACACCCAACGGAUCUCCCAACACCUGUGCAAUCGCUGGUGCCCCCACGGGCGACUGUGAGUGCUACGGCCACUCUAACCGCUGCAGCUACAUAGACUACCUGAACAUCGUAACGUGUGUCAGCUGCAAGCACAAUACAAGAGGACAGAACUGCCAGCACUGCAGACUGGGCUACUUCAGAAAUAACUCAGCUGAACUGGAUGAUGAGGGUGUCUGCAUCGAGUGUAACUGUAACCAGAUGGGUUCUGUCCAUGACCGGUGUAAUGGGACAGGCUUCUGCCAGUGUAAAGAUGGCACUACGGGGCCCAAGUGUGACGACUGUUUCCCUGGGUACUACUGGAAACAAGGGUGUUACUCUAAUGUGUGUGACGAGGAGCUGCUCCUGUGCCAGAAUGGUGGGACGUGCUCCCAGAAUCAGAAGUGUAUCUGUCCUCCAGAGUUUAAGGGCGUGCUGUGCCAACAGUCCCGCUGCGAGGGGGGCAAGGCCUGCAACACCGCCUCCACCCUCCACCUCCUGGCCCCCCUCGUCCCCCAACUGCUCUGCGUCCUGCUACCACACCUUUUGGCCACAUUAACUGCACACUGA